AAAACCAACACCUUGUGCCCACUCGAACGACGAGCAUGAUCGCCGGCGCACUUCGUCCACCGUCAUGAAUGCGUUGUUAGGGCAGGCCUGGAGAUGUCCGCGGAGCGCAGUCCUCGUUACUCGCCGCUUUCGGGUGAAGUCGUCUAAACCACCCAAGAAGCCCGCGCCGCGCAGCUCCAAGACCGCUUCCGACACUUCAAUUAGAUCUUUUAAUGAUCUGCCAGCUGAUGAACAGCUUCGACGACGCCUCAAUGACCGGGAAAGGGCACAGCGCAGGACGACGCCCUCGGAGCCGGCGCUGCGGCAGAGAUACGACGAGUUCUACGACCUUACAAAGCACCGUUUGAAUCACCUCCUAUGGGAAUUGGGACAAUGGGACCCAGAGCACCGGGAAUACAGAGCAUUCGGACUGCACACUCAAGAGAGCUACUACCAAGAGAUCUCCUUCUUCAAAGAGGCUCUGAAGAGGUCCUUUCACCUGGCCAGCGCACUCGGCAUGACGUCGCGGACUGAUAACCCUCUGUUCUGGAACUUGCGCUCUGCCUUUAUCAAGGGGGAUGCGGCAGGAUUGACCAAGGAGCUUCGUUACGCGCUCCAGACCUUCUUGAUGCGCAAGCAGUUCUCCAAGUCCACCACAGAGUUACACCUACGACUUGCCGAUUUGCGCUUCCCUUACGAAUGGUUCCCUGCGACUCGUCAACUGCAGCGCACUAUUCACCUGCACGUCGGCCCGACGAACUCUGGAAAGACCUACAACGCCUUGAAAGCUCUGGAAAACGCGAAAUCGGGCAUCUAUGCCGGUCCUCUCCGCCUGCUGGCGCACGAAAUCUACACGCGAUUUACUGCAAAGGGCAAAUCGUGUGCCCUCAUCACAGGCGAGGAACAGAGGAUACCGGAAGACGCCGACAUGUUCUUCCGAAGUUGUACGGUGGAAAUGACGCCAUUGAACUGGAAGGUUGAUGUCGCUGUCAUUGACGAAAUUCAAAUGAUCGCCGACGAACACCGUGGUUGGGCUUGGACCCAGGCAGUUCUGGGCUGCCAAGCAAAGGAGCUUCAUCUCUGUGGCGAGGAAAGAGUGGUUGAUCUGAUACAGGAACUCUGUGCUCGCUUGGGUGACAAGUGUAUUGUGCAUCGUUAUCAGAGACUGAACCCCUUGCUUCCCAUGGAGCAAGCUGUUGGCACCGACUUCAAGAACCUCCAAAAAGGCGACGCUGUUAUCUCGUUUUCUCGGGUCAAUUUGCAUUCUCUGAAAGCUGGUAUCGAAGAAGCGACUGGGCGUAAAUGUGCCAUUGUUUAUGGCUCGUUGCCGCCCGAAACCAGAGCGGCGCAGGCUGCCUUGUUCAAUGACCCGAACAACGAGUACGAUUUCCUGGUCGCCAGUGAUGCUAUUGGCAUGGGUCUGAACCUAGAGAUCAAACGCGUCGUCUUCGAAUCGGCAUUCAAAUUCGACGGCAUGGCGCAUCGCCCUCUGACAAUCCCGGAAGUCAAGCAGAUUGGCGGUAGGGCUGGUCGUUAUAGGACAGCCACUGAUGCUGUUCGCUCCGGCAAAGAAGAGGAGACUUCAGCUACGUCUGCCUUCAGCAAGUGGGGAGCGCCGGGCUUCGUCACAGCUAUGGAUGAACAGGAUCUCGGUGUUAUCAGAAAACAUCUUCAAAACGACGCCAAGCCCAUUGCCGCGGCGGGUAUCUUGCCGCCAUCGCACAUCAUCGAGCGGUUUGCCUCCCUGUUCUCUCCCGAUAUUCCACUUGCGUUCGUUCUGUCCAGACUCAGGGAAAUGGCACGGCUCUCGAGCUCCUUCAACAUGUGCAGCUUUGGCGAGCAUCUCGACAUCUCCGAUGUCCUCAAGGAGUUCGACCUCAGCAUAUACGACCGAUCGGUCUUGCUGACAGCCCCUGUUUCACUCCGGGAAAAGGGUCAAAAAGACAUUCUCAGGGCAUUCGCUUGGAGUAUUGCCAACUUAUCCGGAGGUCACUUGCUCGAGAUUCCCGAGGUUGAUCUGGAGGCGCUCGAUGUUGAUGCUUCACAGCUUGAUCCCCAGGGACAAAAGAACUACCUGCUGCGACUCGAAGGUCUCCAUAAAGCUGUCACUCUGUAUUUGUGGCUCAGCUAUCGGUACCGUGGCGUGUUUGUCAGCCAAAAACUGGCGUUUCACGUCAAAUCUCUGGUUGAGGAGAAGAUCACAAACUGUCUGGAAGCUGCCGAUUACGAGGCAGACAAGCAACAAAGACGUCGUGAGAUGCUCAGACGCCAGGCCCAGUCGCAUAGCAAGAAGGAAGAGAAACUCCUUGGCGCAGAGGCUGAGGAGGCUCCUGUCGCUGAGAGCGGUCCCGGUUUGUGGGACGCAGAGGGACACGAGGAGCCGCUGUAUCGGGAGAAGAAGGAGGUCAAUGCUGCUCUGCCAGUUCGCGCUCGCAGGACAACUGCGAACCCCAACAGCCGUGUCUCUCGAGGAUAAAGACCUCCAAUAUCUGUACUAUAUGGAAGGUAUCUGUACUAUAUGGAAGCUUGGAGCUGGGCGUGUAUUAUGAUAUAUGUAUCUCUACCGAAACGGAUUUGAAUGCCACCAGUAGAACUACAUGGAUGGUCGGCGUUGGUAUUAGGGGGCAAGUUGGUUAGCCUAGCGAUUGGGGAGUUGUUAUUCGAUGUAUAAAAGCUUCUUGGAAGUACAAGUUCCUCUCUGUAGCUACAAUUUCUAGUCUUCUUUUGCCCUU